AAACCAGCACAAUGGUCUUCAAGUUUGUUGCACUUGCCUGCUUCGUGGCGGCUGCCAGCGCUGGCUUGCUCCCAGCCAGUCCCUACGCUGCCUAUGCUGCAGCUCCCGUGUACCAUGCGGCCGCUCCGGUAGCCUACGCAGCUCCCGUCGCCAAAUACGCCGUCGCGCCCGUUGCGGCUCGCGUCGAGGAAUACGACCCUCACCCGCAGUACAGCUUCGCUUACGACGUCCAGGACAGUCUCACCGGAGACUCCAAGACCCAACACGAAACCCGUGACGGCGACGUUGUCCAGGGCUCCUACUCCGUCGUAGACCCUGACGGUACCAAGCGCACUGUGGAGUACACCGCUGACCCCCACAACGGUUUCAACGCGGUUGUCCACAGGGAACCCCUCGGAGUAAAAGCCGUAGCUCCCGUCGUCGCUAAGGUAGCCGCUCCGGUGGCUUAUGCUUCUCCCGUAGGCUACGCCGCAGCCCCUGUGGUGCACGCUGCCCCCAUUGCCAAAUUCGCCGCUCCAGUCGCCUAUUCCAGCCCAUACUAUCACCACUAAAUUAAUGCCAAAUAGUUAUGGAACUAGAGAUAUGAUCGUGUUGUGGACUCAUUAGAUUAAGUAAAUAAAUUAUUUUUACUGAU